AUGGCUUGUCGUCCUAAUGUUUACGAAAGUGGAUAUGAAGAAUCGAGAUUUAAGAUUGUUGUUGAUGAAAAUUUUUACUGUUCAAUUUGUCUGAAUGUCAUGAAAGAUGCCAGAAUGUGCCAUAAUCAACACAGUUUUUGCCGUGAAUGUAUUGAAGAACAUCUACGAGUUAAUGCACAAAGAUGUCCUCAAUGUCAAGAUGAUUUAACUGUAGCUACGCUUCAUCCAGCGCGUGUUAUAAAUAACGUGAUUUCAAAGUUAAAGAUCAACUGCGACUACGCCAGUCGUGGUUGUCCUGAAUUUAUAAAUGUCGAAGAUCUUGAAAGACAUGUUGAAAAUUGUGAUUUUGCUCCAGUGUUGUGUUCUAAUGAACGUUGUGGUCUGGAAAUAAACAAACGAGACAAGAUUAAACAUGAAACUGAAUUAUGUGAAUACAGAAAGAUUGCUUCUCACGACUUUCGAGAGAUUAGCGAAAUGUUUCAACGAAGUUUUGAAGACAAAAUGGAAAUGCAAAUGAACAACUUAAGCAGGAAAAUAGACGAAAAAUUUUUUGAAGUAAAAGAUUCCGUGAAACCAUUGACAUCUCAGUAUAAAGAAAUGAUGGAAUCUGUAGUAGAAAAUGUCGAACAAAAUCUUUCUACACUUCCUUAUGAAUGUUAUGGUCAUCAAACUGUUGUUUAUAAACAACAAAUCUUUCACAUUGGAGGAGGAUACAUUCCUGGUAAAGGACCAUUAGAUUUGAUCAGUGAAAUAAAAAUUACAGGUACAACAUCUUAUGUUUUGAAAGAGUUGUGUCAUAUGCCUGAACUACGUUUGUGUCAUGGAGCUGUUGUUGUUGAUGAUAAAGUUCUUAUUUUUGGAGGAGAGGGAAAAGAUGACAAAGUUUUGUCCAGUGUUUUGGAAUUUGAUCCAAGGACUCUUACAUUUAAGGAAAUGCCUCCAUUACCUCAUCCAUUGUGUGCAAUGGCAACAGUUCAAUGGAGAGAUCAAGUUGUUCUUCUUGGAGGUUGGGAUGGAAGAGAAAGGUUGAACAGUGUUAUCAUGUAUGACACUAAGACAGGUAAGAUUACAGUCUUACCAUCCAUGUUGGAAAAGAGAUCCUUUUGUUGUGCAGUUAUAACUGGUGAUACAAUUGUUGUCAUGGGAGGUUUGAAUGAUAAAGGUAAAGAUCUUAAUUCAGUGGAGUGUUUCAAAAUGGGAUGUAGUUCUUCAUGGAAAUAUCUUCCUUCAAUGAAUGAGCCACGAUAUGCGUCCAUAGCCGAAGUUUUACCUUUUGGACAAAAGUAUGUAUAA